AGAGAGGGACCCGCCCGCCGCGGUCCGGCUGCCGGGCAUGUGCGGCCACAGGCGCCCGUUGCCGCCGCUGUCCCGGGGCUGAGUCGCGCCCGGGUGUUCCGGACGGUGCGUCAGUGAGUGUGUGUGUCCGCGCGGGCAAGCGCCGCGCCGCCCCGAGCCGCCAGCUUGCUCCCCCGGCCGCGGUGCAUGUUCGCCUCCUGCCACUGUGUGCGGAGAGGCAGGAGGACCAUGAAAAUGAUCCACUUUCGGAGCUCCAGCAUCAGAUCGCUCAGCCAGGAGAUGAAAUGCACCAUCCGGCUGCUGGACGACUCGGAGAUUUCCUGCCACAUCCAGAGGGAGACCAAAGGGCAGUUUCUUAUUGACCACAUCUGCAACUACUACAGCUUGCUGGAGAAGGACUACUUUGGCAUUCGUUAUGUGGACCCAGAGAAGCAGCGGCACUGGCUUGAACCUAACAAGUCCAUCUUCAAGCAAAUGAAAUCUCAUCCACCAUACACCAUGUGCUUUAGAGUGAAAUUCUACCCACACGAACCCUUGAAGAUUAAAGAAGAGCUCACAAGGUACCUUUUGUACCUGCAAAUUAAAAGAGAUAUUUUCCAUGGUCGACUGCUCUGCUCCUUCUCAGAUGCUGCUUACCUGGGUGCCUGUAUUGUUCAAGCUGAGCUUGGUGAUUACGAUCCUGAUGAGCAUCCUGAGAAUUACAUCAGUGAGUUUGAGAUUUUCCCCAAGCAGUCACAGAAGCUGGAAAGAAAAAUAGCAGAAAUCCAUAAAAAUGAACUCAGAGGCCAGAGCCCCCCAGUUGCUGAAUUUAACUUACUCCUGAAAGCUCAUACUUUGGAAACUUAUGGGGUGGAUCCCCACCCUUGCAAGGAUUCAACAGGUACAACAACGUUUUUGGGAUUCACUGCUGCAGGCUUUGUGGUAUUCCAGGGAAAUAAGAGAAUCCAUUUGUAUGCAAAAUCCAGCCAGAUCAAGACUGUGUCAAGCAGCAAGAUAUUUUUUAAAGGAAGUAGAUUUCGAUAUAGCGGUAAGGUUGCCAAAGAGGUGGUGGAGGCGAGCUCCAGAAUUCAGAGAGAGCCGCCAGAGGUGCACAGAGCCAACAUUACCCAAAGCCGCAGUUCCCACUCCUUGAACAAACAGCUUAUCAUUAACAUGGAGCCACUGCAGCCCCUGCUCCCUUCCCCCAGCGAGCAGGAAGAGGAGCUGCCACUAGGUGAGGGUAUUCCAUUGCCCAAAGAAGAUGACAUUUCUGCCCCCUUGAUCUCCAGCUCACCGGUAAAGGAAGCCCGGGAGUAUGAAGACCCCCCAAGCGAAGAGGAAGAUAAAAUAAAAGAAGAGCCUCUGACUAUCUCUGAACUUGCAUACAACCCAAGUGCCAGUCUGCUCCCCACCCCCAUUGAUGAUGAUGAGAUUGACAUGCUCUUUGAUUGUCCAUCUAGGCUUGAAUUGGAAAGAGAAGACACAGAUUCAUUUGAGGAACUGGAAGCAGAUGAAAAUGCCUUUUUGAUGGCUGAAGCAGAGGAGCUGAAGGAGGCUCACCGAGCUUGGUCCUGGAGCUAUGACAUUCUGAGAGGCCAUAUUCGGGUGAACCCGCUGGUCAAGAGUUUUUCCCGGCUCCUUGUGGUGGGCCUGGGGCUGCUGCUCUUUGUAUUCCCCCUGCUCCUCCUCCUUUUGGAGUCAGGUAUUGAUCUCUCCUUCUUAUGUGAAAUCCGCCAGACGCCCGAGUUUGAGCAGUUUCACUAUGAAUAUUACUGUCCUCUCAAGGAGUGGGUGGCUGGCAAAGUAAAUCUCAUUCUCUACAUGCUGGGUUGCUCAUAAAGUUCCUAUCUCAUAUGACUAAGGGCUAUAUUCAAUACUAGUGAUUUGUUUUUUUCAGCAAAUGCCUGGUUCUGAAUAGUCAUGGGGCUGUCAACAGCGUUCCUUACUCAAAACUGAUUAUUCAAGCCUUUAAGUUAGCUUUCCAUAAUUCACUGCACUUAAGUAAGUUUAAAUCAAAUAUAGUAAUUUUAGUUAUAGGUUAGGAAGAUGGCCCUUAAGUAACUAAAAAAUAUGUUUAUUGUUUAUUAUUAUAUCACAGACAUACUCUUAAUUAUAUCAUAACACAUAACACAUUGAGCUGAAUUAGAUUGACCCUUUUUUAAUAGUUAGCAUCAUUACAAGCUAUAAUGUUCAGAAUCAGAAUUUUAGUAAAAAUCCAAGAGAAAGUUUUUGAAUAUAAUCCUUAGUGGAAACAAUGUCCUCUAACCAAUGCCUAUACAACUAAAUUUAUGCUGGGUUUGUUUUUUUUUUAAAUAUUUUUAUGUGUUCAGAAUAUUUUGGUAAAUUUUUAGCAAAAAAAAAAAAAGCCUCCUGGAGAUAUUUAAGUGUACAGAUUGUAAGACUAAUGCACAAAGGGUAUGUCAGGAAUUUUUUAAUGUUUUGGUACUGGUUUGUUUUUAAAAAAUAUUUUUGGUUGAACAAUCCAUAAUUUGUUGUUACCUGCAUAUGAGAUAGAAAAUAGGUAGAAAGACACUGUAGUAAGUAAGCUUCUAAAACAGAUGAUGGAACUGGAGGAUGUAGAAACUGAACAUCAAAUGGACACAGGGUGGUCCAUUUUUCAAAGUAUUUGGACAAGAUGACUUGUUCCUUUCAUUUGCAUUCUGUCCACAUAUUUUGGCUGGGGAAGCAGAACAUUUUUAAAAGAAAGCAAAACUUUAAAGGAAAAAAGUUAAAAGCUAUGCUAGUUAAUUGCAUGUUAUUAUACAGUAAUCCAAGAGUGGAAGCAGACAGGAACUGGACAAAAGGGAAGUAGCAAAAGAAAGUGUUUUGGUGAGGCUGGUAGGCAGGUGGUGGGAGGCAAAUGAUCUAUUUUAUGGAAGUGAUGGUGAUGCAAGGUAUUGGAUAAUGUAAAGAACAGCGCACCUGCUGUCCAAGUUGACAUGAAUAUGUUUAACUGGAUCUAAAAAAGAGUGGAGAAGCUUGAAGGCACAAUUUUGGUCCCUCAUGCCAUUUACUGUGAUUCUGUGAAGAAAUCUCAAAAGAAGUGUGUGUAUGAGAGAGUAGGAAAGAAAGAAAAAAAAAUGAAAAGAAUGGAUUUUGGCUUUUUGAUAAAUGCCAGUGAUCUUUUGUGGUGGUCAUUAUACUCCUUUCCUGGUUUUCUUAAGGUCUUAACUUAUUCAUAAUUGGGGCUCCCAUUAAGAAAGUGGAGGGGACUCUUUAGGUAAACCAUUUCUGCUUGGGUGAAUUAGUGAAAGGACUCAGUAGAGGGAACAGAUGUUCUAGUACUUUCCUUCAUACCAUUAAGUCCAUGACAGAAAGGUAAGAGUAUGGAGCUUUGGCAUGGAGCAUUGGGAUUUCUGAAUGGAUUGAAAAUGUUACAUUGCUUUCAUUUACAAAGAGACUGGGCUGCCUGUAAUCUCUCCCUACCUCUAAGAGACACUCUAGCUCUACCAUUAGCAUAAUUUCCAAGUUGGCCAUUCCAGUCCUACUGAUUCGUGGAGCUCUGAGUGCUUUAUUAGAUAUUUAAUUUUGAAAAUAAGUUUUAAAAGUCAGCUCAUGAAGCCUUCAGUUGAGCAAACUAUAAUAUACAUUUGCUCUUAAGUUUGUAGGAUGUCGUUUCUCAUGUGCUUUCAGUGAUUUAUUUUGCUCUUUAAUAAAGACUGUUUAAUGCCUGAAAUUUGAUAACAAUAUACAAAUAUAUUUCCAUAGUUUAUUUGGGAAGUUGGCAAAUGGCCAGCUUUAAAACUGAAGUUCUUUCCCCCACUUUUAUCAUAUGACUUCGAUGUCAUCCUAAGGGCCCUCCAGUAUAGUCUGCAAUAAAUAAGUCCCCCUGCUAAUUACGCUUCAUGUACUUUUCUUUGAAGUUCUAACCAUGACAAAUCACCUAGCCCUCAUCCUUUCUAAAUGUUAAAUAUCUUUUAAAUUAUGGAAGUAAUAUAUUGCCCAUCAUAAAACAUUUGAAAAAUACUGACAGGAGAAAUAUCACACAUAGCCCAACCAUGUAUAUUUAUAUUAAGGAAUAACAAACAUAUUAUUUAUAACAUUUCCAGCUAACAUCUCUUUUCUCUUAGGUAAAAACUUCAUUGUUGAAUAGAAAUGUUUUUAAGUGAAGGUGUUGACAGGAUUGGGUCUGCUGAAUUUAAACAAUAGCCACCAAAAGUAAAAUUGGGAUCGCAAAAUGGCAUUUCAUUGGGAUAGCAUCAGUGUUUUUAGAAAUACCACUCAAGUUUGGUAGAAGACAGUCACCAGUUGCCUGAGUCAAAUGAGGAAAAGACUGCUUCCAAGAUGGAGAGUAUAUAAUAUAGUGAGCUAGAGUUCAAAGCAAGUGUGUGAGUAUAUGUAUAUUCCAUAUUAUUGGUAUAUAUGUGUUUAUAUAUGAAUCUGUAUAUAUGUGUGUAUUUGUGUAUACACAACUGAUAUGCUCUUCAUGCACAGUUGUGUUUACUUUUCCCCAGUCAGGAAUUUGUGACAUGUUAUUAUUCCUUUUGCCUCUCAGAUAUCGUGGUGGAUAAAACCCACAGUCUCAAAGGUUUCAAUUUUCCAUGAAAACCACUGUGGGUACAUUUGUGGUUAUAUAUACACACAUAUAUGGCAAAUACAUAUACACACACAAUCUUGUCUUUAGUGCUAAUGCAAGUUGGAUCGUGAAAAAAAUGUAGGUAAAGUAUUGUGUUUCUGUCUGUGCUUGGAACAUAUUGUAAAAUGUUAUGUAUUUGGAAUAUAUUUUGUGGCUUGUCUAAUAUUUAAAAAUUCACUCUGGGAAGAGCUCAAAAUGAAUUGAUUCCAUUGAAAUACUAGAGAUAGGGGGGCCAUGUUACCUAUGAUUGGAGCCUUAUCUUUGUAUAGUGAAAUCUGCAUUUCUAUGUCAACAUUCAGAUUGUUUUAUAUGUUAAUAUGGUGGCAGGAAUCCCUAAUAAAGUACUCUGGGGAAAAAUG